UGCCCUUUUUUGGAGGAGGCUCACUGAGCCGUGUUGGAGGCUGUGUUUGUGGUCGUGCUGGCUGUGAAACUGCCUCAGUCCUCUGGGACACACCCUCUCCAUCCUGGAGUAAUCUGCAGGAUUGCAACAUUGUUAUGCAGCCAGUAUUGCAGCGCCUUGUGCUUUUCGAAUCCAGACAGGGUUGAUUCAGCCCUUUAUUCUUUUGAGCUUUUACUUGGCAGAAAUCUCCAUGGCUUUGGGGCAUUUACGUCAAAAGGGGAUCAUCUACAGAGACCUGAAGCCGGAGAAUAUCAUGCUUAAUCACCAAGGUCAUGUGAAACUAACAGACUUUGGACUACGCAAAGAAUCUAUUCAUGAUGGAACAGUCACACACAUGUUUUGUGGAACAAUAAAAUACAUGGCCCCUGAAAUCUUGAUGAGAAGUGGCCACAAUCGUGCUGUGGAUUGGUGGAGUUUGGGAGCAUUCAUGUAUGACAUGCUGACUGGAGCAGUAGGUGCACAGUUAAAAGCUCCCCCAUUUACUGGGGAGAAUAGAAAGAAAACAAUUGACAACAUCCUCAAAUGUAAACUCAAUUUGCCUCCCUACCUCACACAAGAAGCCAGAGGUCUGCUUAAAAAGGCUCAUCCAUUCUUUAGACACAUUAACUGGGAAAAACUUCUGGCUCAAAAGGUGGAGCCCCCUUUUAAACCUCUGUUGCAAUCUGAAGAGGAUGUAAGUCAGUUUGAUUCCAAGUUUACACGUCAGACACCUGUCGACAGCCCAGAUGACGCAGCUCUCUGUGAAAGUGCCAAUCAGGUCUUUCUGACUGGAGUGCAACGGCACGAUCUCAGCUCACUGCAACCUCCACCUCCCUGGUUCAAGCAAUUCUCCUGCCUCAGCCUCCCGAGUAGCUGGGAUUACAGUCUCAGUCUGUCAUUCAGGCUGGAGUACGGUGGUGUGAUCUUGGCUCACUGCAGCAUCCGCCUCCUGGAUUCAAGCCGUUCACCUGCCUCAGCCUCCCAAGUAGCUGGGAUUACAGAUGCCUCUGCGAGAACGGGAACAAUGGAACAGGCCCUCACCAAAUGCCAAAUGUGCUAUCACCUUGAAUUUGGAUUUCCCAGCCUCUGGAACUGUUGAGACUGAGCUAAAGUUAAUCUGUGGCAAUGUUCUGGAUGUACUGGACAAACACCUCAUUCCAGCAGCUACCACUGGCAAGUCCAAGGUUUUCUAUUAUGAAAUGUAGGUUCUAUACUAAAAAUUAACAAGUGUACUUCAAUAAAUUUAAACAUUCUCAGGAAUAA